AUGGAAAUACCUAACUAUGAUAGCACUGAUAACCCAGAUAAAAAAUACAAACAGCUGUAUCUUUACAUGCCAUCAGACACAUUUCGAAUGUUAAUCUGUGGAAAUAGUGGAAGUGGUAAAACUAAUUUGUUGUACCACAUGUUAAUUAAGCCACUGUUGUACAACUAUGAGAUUUAUCUCUAUGCGCGUAAUCUAGAGCAGGAUAAAUACAAACGGUUAAUACAAAAGAUGAGAGAGUUGUCCCAUAAACUCGGCUAUGAAAUACUUCAUGUGAGUAAUGAUGAAAUAACCCCAGUGACAGAAAUGGAUUAUGAAGACAACCAAAAACUUGUAAUAUUCGAUGAUUACGUCUGUGAUAAAAACCAGAGACAAAUCAUUGAUUAUUUCAUUCAAGGACGUCAUAAGAAUCAGUCCAGGCCACAACCAGAUCUGGAUAUAUGAUGACGUCACCCACAUUUGCAAAAUGGCGCCCACGCUGAGAAACACGACGAAAGGUCACUUCCUGGCUCUUUGCUGCGCUUAGAAGUGUCCUUUCCCCAGACUACUUUGAGAGCUGUGACUUUAGACAAUGAGAGAUCAGGGGUGUAAAAAAAAAAUGCCGUCCGAUAAAGGUUUGUGCGUUCUUGGGAGGUAAAACGACCGAACACGAGAGUUUUCCAGCUCAAAGAAAUGCCCGACAGGGAGCAAAACAUCGAAAAAAAGAAGGUGAGUGUCAUUUUUUGGACUGUUGGAAAAAAUUUUUUGGAAAUCUACAUAAGAUUUGCUUGUUGAUAGUGGUCUGUUUGGUGUAGUGCAAAGCAGUUUCACAUAGUGCUGUGCUUUUAAAGAUGCAAAAGUCAGUUGCGCAGUUAAAUGACUGCCUUGUCACGAGUUCAGAAAAGUGAAAACAACAACAAUAGCCCCAAGCGAGCCCACAUUGUCGGAGGCAAUACGAUAGCUUUGAAUACAAAAAUCUUGACUGAAAUGAUGAUGGUUGAUUAAUCACUGUCAUGAGUCAGUAUGCAACAGUGCAAACCAGUUUCCCACUUAUAUAAUUUUCGAUUACUGAAUUGAAAUGUCAGUACUGACAAUAUAAUAAGAGCAUUGGAGUGUAUAAGAGCAUAAAUGUACACAGAUUGAGGUACAUAAAAAAAUGCCUGUAUUUUCGAUUGCUCAUAUAAUUUUUUAAUUUAUUAUUUAUUUGUUACUUUACUUUGCCUUAGGUUAUGACAUGCAAGGUGGAAAAUGUGAAGAAUGGCUGAAAAUACACUUUAAACAGGACACCAAAUAUAAUGAUCGAUCUUACAAAACUGUUCCAUAUUUCAUUACAGUCAAACCCCAUUAAUAUGGACACUGGAGGGGGCCAUAGGAAGUGUCUAUAUAACGGAGGUGUCCAUAUCAAGCAGGUCCUGUUAUAAAAGUCAAAAAUACACUUUUUUAUCGAAAUACUACAGCAUCACACCUAACAUCUUUAAACAUCACUAUGCUCUUAUUCUGCAGACUGUGUCCAUGAAAACACACGGAAGUCUCGAGAAAAUCGAUCAAAAAUUAUGUAAAAUUUACCAUCUCGAUUGAUGUCAAAAUUGUCUAUUAUUGUUGUGCACAAUUCAUUCAUUUUGGUGUACUGUGAUGCUGGGAACAUGGACAUGGCGUCAAUUAAGUGAAAGGUUUUUUUACCCUACAAAAAAAAGAGGUUGACUGCAGCACACAAUGGACUAUAAAGUGUGCGGAUUAGCGAGGUUGACUUUAUAUGAGAAUCUGUUCAUUGAGGAAGAAAAAAACGCCCAUCAUCCACUUUAACAGGUCAGUCUGUAUUAAGUGGGUUGAAUAAAGAGAAAAAUUGAGGGUUUUCCCCAGUGACCAAGGAAACUUCCCAUAAUAAGAGGGAGUCCACAUUAAGCUGGUGUCCGUAAAGAGGGGUUUGACUGUAUGAUACAGGACAAACAUAAUCUAAUAAUAAUAGAGGCUUAGUGCCGACUAAGUUUUUCAGUGUGUAUGUAUUCCAUCCACAGUGACAGGAUAUUACUAUAAUGGCAUAGUUUUUACACUAAAUGAAGAAAACUCAGAAACCCAGGCAUUGUUUGGGACAAGACAAGACAGCCUUUAUUAAUCAUAACAAAAUACAAUACAUGGUAAAUAACUAAAAGGUAUUAUUUAGUAUAAAAAUAAAGUGCUCCAACAAAUAAGAAAGACCUAACUAAAAAAGAAUUAAAACAACCUCAAUCAAAUAAUAAAAGUGAUCACACUGUCCAUGAAUAGAACAAAAUAAAACCCUACAGGGAGGGAGGGAGGGAAAUGAUUGCUAGUGCAGUAAAAGUGAAUGUUGCUACUGCAAUGCCAAGUGAGAAUGCGACUAAACUAGAAUUGUAUCCGUCUGUAACCCAUAUUACAGUCGUGGUAUUCCUAUCUACCGUAAAACUACUAUAUCCUAGGUAGUAGACACAUGGUAUUAUAAAAUCUCUUAUGCCAAAAAACUACUGUGAUGCUGUACUAGCCCUGCAUCCCAAUGUGACACCUUCCUUUGAGAUUUAGAACCGCAUCAGUCGUCUCAACUGAUGCACCCCCUUGAGAACAAUAAUUUAACGGAACAAAUUUUUUUAAAAAAUAUUGAGAUAUAAAUAUAUAUAAUAUUUUCUAUUCUUGUGAAAAACCAUUCUAUUAAAUAUUUUGACAGAAACAAUAUGAAAAGUCUGCACAUCUAUUUCAUUUUUCAAAGCUGUUUUUCAAAAUACAAUUGUCAAAUUAUGUUUACAUCUUCUCAGUGACUAUUUAACAGCUAUUAGAACACGAAUAAGUCCACUUGCAUUCCCAUUUUCAUCCGCAAUGGGGUUUUGCAAUUUGCAAUAAGCAAAGACAGAAGUUCGUUAACGACUGCUUACGACUCUUCGCGAGUGCAAUUUCUACAAAUUUUAUUUAUUUCUUUGACCUUCGCAUAUUUCCAACAUGUGUGACGAUUCAAUAUACUGGAAAUUUAUAUACAGCAAGAAUAAUUAGCAUUAAGAUUAUCAUUAUCAAUCCUUAGAUCGAAAUUAGAUUUUUGCGCGUAUGGUAUUGCGCCCGAAGUAGAAUAGAACAGACUUCUCCAGGUCGAAGCUGUGCUCGCAGAAAUUACUCCAAACAGGACUUCUUAAAACCUUACCACUUGAAAUGUAUCGCGGUAUUCAAAUUCCCUAUUCUUCCAAUUCGAUCGGAGUCGUCGAGUUGUUUCUGGUCUAUCAUCAGAAAUCCACGGGUGUUUACAGAAAGCGUUCUCGAUCAUUAACAUCUCGAUAUUCGUAAAUCGAACGCUAUGACGCAUAAAAUAAUCUCGAUUAAUCGGCUCCGUAUUGCUGUUACUUUUCUUCAAGGUACAUUCCACCCAAAGCACUCGACAGCUGUUAAUUUUUUUUGCUUCGAAGUUUCCCUGUUCGACAUUUCUGUCGAGCUUAGUCCUUUCGCAGUCAAGUCAAUGUUUUGGUUGAGCUCUGAGCCAAUCAGAUUGCAGGAAAUUACAUAUCCAGAUCUGGUUGUGGCCCGGACUGAGAAUUGCUCGGUGAUUUACCUCAGUCAAUCAUUUUACAAAACUCCAAAGGAUAUUCGACUGAAUUGUUCUCACUACUGCUUGUACGAAUUUCCAUCAUCGAGGGAGUCCAACAGAAUAUCAUCUGAGUUAGGAGUUGAAAAAGAACAGUACAAAGCGGCAACUAGAAAACCGUACACAUUUCUGUAUGUGGAUAAACCAAAGAAAUUCAUUGCAAAAAACUUUACCGAUUAUAUAUGCAAUAAUUAAAAUGGGAAUAUUUAACGAACAAUCUUUUGAUCAUCCAUUUGCUAGGGGAAUUCAAGGCGCUCCAGGAGUUGGAUUUAAUCUCACUUCAAGUGGGGAUUAUGAUAUGAUAAAUAAAAAACUAAGAAAUAUUGGUGCUCCGGCAUCCAACACCGAUACAGCAACCAAGAAGUAUGUUGAUGACAAUUCUGGGGAUGGAAACACAUCAUAA